ACUUAUAUAUAGAUAGAUAGAUAUGGUUCUAUAAAUCAAUCUGAGGCACCCAUCACCUUGUCCCUUCCUUAAUCCCAACACCUAUUUUUCGAUUCUAGGGUUUCCGAUUUACAUCCUUUUUUCUUCUGCUGUAGGGUUUUCGAUUUACUUCCACUCUGUCUCUUGGUCGUGGAGGGUUCCGAUUCAGUGGGAAACGAUGGGUCGGAAGAAAAACGUGGCGAUAGCCGACGACGAGUACUCUUUUCCUGCGGACGAUCUGCCGGAGCCGCCGUCGUCGCAGGGCCCGGAGAAGGAGAACCGCGUUGCGCCCAAGAAAAACAAGAAGGGUGGAAAGGGCCAGCGCAACGCCGAUGAUGGUGUAGAGCCGGAGAAGCCAGCCGUUGCUGAUGAUGCCCUGGCGGCGGCGGCGGCGGCGGCGGCGGCGGCGGAGGACGAGGACGAGAUCCCUGUCGUGUUCUCUGGUAAGAAGAAGUCCUCUAAAUCUAAGAAGAAUACUGUUGCUUCCAGCGCUUUCAAUGUCCUCGUGGAUGAGGACGACAACGAGGAGCCCGAACCUGAACCGAAACGUAAACCCAAAUCGAAACCUGAGGUUAAUAACCAUGCGGUGGAGGACGAGGGGGACGAAAGCAAGGAUCUUGAUGGGGAAUUUGCCCGGCAGGGCGGGAUGGAGGAUGCUACAUUGAAGAAGCAGCAGAAAAAGAAGAAGAAGAAAGGUGGGAGGACCGCCCAGGAGGAGGAGGAUUUGGACAAGCUUCUCUCUGAAUUGGGGGAGGGCCCGCCGGCGGCUUUUAAUGCCCCACCCCCGGUUCCUACACCGGCGGCAGAGGAAGAAGCAGAAGGAAACGAUAAUGAGGUCACGGAUGCUGGUUUGGAAUCAAACAAGCAGGGGGGUGCUGCGGAGGAGGCUGCCUCCAAGAAGAAGAAAAAGAAGAAGAAGAGCGGAAGGACUGCCCAGGAAGAGGAGGACUUGGAUAAGAUUCUUGCGGAGCUUGGGGAGGUUCCUGCACAGCCGGUAAGUGCCGCAGCUCCAGCUCCGCCUCCUCCAGUGGUGGAGGUGCCAGCUGCUGUUCCACCAGAACAGGCAGAGGCUGCAGGAGAUGAGAAGGAAGAGGAGUCAGCUGCACCGAAGAAGAAAAAGAAGAAGAAAGAUAAGAAGGCUGCAGCUGCCGCUGCCACUGCUGCAGUGGAGGCUAAGGAAGAGAAGAAGGAAGAAGCAAAGGGAAAAGGUCCUGAGAAGAAGCUUCCAAAGCAUGUUAGGGAGAUGCAAGAGGCAUUGGCAAGGAGGAAGGAGGCGGAGGAGAGGAAGAAGAGGGAGGAAGAGGAGAGACUGCGGAAGGUGGAGGAGGAGAGGAAGCGGUUGGAGGAGUUGGAGAGGCUUGCGGAAGAGGCAAAGAGGAGGAAGAAAGAAAGGGAGAAGGAGAAGUUGCUGAAGAAGAAGCAGGAGGGCAAACUCUUGACAGGCAAACAGAAGGAGGAGCAUAGGAGGUUGGAAGCGAUGAGGAAACAGUUCCUUGCUCAGAGUGAGGUUCCAAUAGGUGAUGCUGGUGGAGAGACAAAGAAAAGGCCCAAGUAUGAUACAAAGAAGUCUAAACACGCUCAGCCAAAGGCUGUAGAGGCAGAAAAAGUGGCUGAAAGCCAGCCAGAGGCGGAUGAACCUACUACAGAGCCAGCUGUUGAAGAUGCUAUGGCUCAAGAAGAGUCUGUGUCUCAAGUUGAGGAGGCUGAGGACAACAUUGAAGCUAAUCAGGAACCAGAAGAGGAUAAAGCGAUUGAAGAGGAUGAAGAUGAGGAUGAGUGGGAUGCAAAGAGCUGGGAUGAUGUUGAUGUUACAUUGCCUGCCAUAAGUGCGUUUGCUGAGGAGGAUCAGGAGGAGGUGCAGGCCAAACCUGUACAUAAAAAAGGUGUGGAGCAUGUUGCAUCUUCGACUCCUGUUGAACCUCAGGCUAAUACUACAGUGCCCACAAAGCCUACUGUCAAAAAGGUGGUUGCUCCUCGUGCACCUUCAAAGAAGGGUGAUGUGGAAAACAAUGAGAAUGGGCGUGAAAAUGUAUCCACCAGUAAUAUUAAGAGGGGAAAUGAAGUUGUCACUAAACAAGAGUUAAAGGCUGUAGAUGAUAAAUCAAAAAAGAGCAGCAAUGACCUCCGCUCACCCAUUUGUUGCAUUCUGGGUCAUGUAGAUACUGGGAAGACCAAGCUGCUAGAUUGCAUUAGGUGCACUAAUGUACAGGAGGGAGAGGCUGGUGGUAUCACCCAACAGAUUGGGGCUACCUAUUUCCCGACUGAGAACAUAAGGGAGAGAACCAAGGAGCUGAAAGCUGAUGCAACAUUGAAGGUUCCAGGCUUACUUGUCAUCGAUACCCCUGGCCACGAAUCCUUCACUAAUUUGCGCUCUAGAGGUUCCAGCUUGUGUGAUAUUGCUAUAUUGGUCGUUGAUAUUAUGCAUGGGCUUGAACCACAAACAAUCGAAUCUCUCAACCUUCUAAAAAGUCGGAACACAGAGUUCAUUGUUGCAUUGAAUAAGGUGGAUCGACUUUAUGGGUGGAAAACCUGCCGAAAUGCACCCAUAGUGAAGGCUCUCAAACAACAGUCCAACGAUGUGAAGAAUGAGUUUAAUAUGAGACUUACUCAGAUUAUAACUCAGUUCAAGGAGCAGGGUCUGAACACAGCUUUGUACUACAAGAACAGAGAAAUGGGAGAGACAUUUAAUAUUGUCCCCACAAGUGCUAUCAGUGGCGAAGGAAUACCGGAUCUUCUGUUGUUGUUGGUGCAGUGGGCACAGAAAACAAUGGAAGAAAAACUUACCUAUGUUGAUGAAGUCCAGUGUACUGUUUUGGAAGUCAAAGUGAUUGAAGGUCUAGGAACUACCAUUGAUGUGGUGUUGGUAAAUGGUGUUCUUCAUGAAGGUGACCAAGUAGUUCUUUGUGGUAUGCAGGGGCCUAUUGUUACGAAUAUUAGAGCUUUGCUGACCCCCCACCCUAUGAAGGAGCUCCGAGUAAAGGGCUCAUACUUGCAUCAUAAAGAGCUUAAAGCUGCACAAGGUGUGAAAAUUUCUGCACAGGGACUUGAGCAUGCCAUUGCAGGCACUGCACUUUAUGCGGUAAAACCUGAGGACAAUUUGGAAGACAUCAAGGAGGCUGUAAUGCAAGAGAUGAAUAAGGUUAUGAGCCGUAUUGACAAAAGUGGAGAGGGUGUAUAUGUGCAGGCCUCUACCCUUGGGUCAUUGGAAGCCCUUACAGAGUUUUUGAAGAGCCCAGAUGUAAGCAUUCCCUUCAGUGAUUUUAACAUAGGUCCUGUUCACAAGAAAGACGUUAUGAAGGCUAGUGUCAUGCUUGAGAGGAAAAAGGAGUAUGCAACUAUUUUGGCAUUUGACGUCAAAGUGAUGCCUGAUGCCCGGGAACUUGCUGAGGAAACUGGCGUGAGGAUUUUUGUAGCAGAUAUUAUUUAUCACUUGUUUGACCAGUUCAAGGCUUACAUCGACAACUUAAGGGAAGAAAAGAAGAAAGAAAGUGCUGAAGAGGCAGUGUUCCCAUGUGUUCUUAGGAUCAUGCCAAACUGUGUUUUCAACAAGAAGGACCCCAUUGUUUUGGGCGUCGAUGUUCUUGAAGGCAUUGUUAAGGUGGGGACUCCUAUAUGCAUCCCUUCAAGGGAUUUCAUCGAUAUCGGGAGGAUCACAUCAGUUGAGAUCAACCAUAAACAAGUUGAUGUGGCGACGAAAGGACAAAAAGUGGCUAUAAAGAUUGUUGGUUCCAGUUCUGAUGAACAACAAAAGAUGUAUGGCAGACAUUUUGAGAUUGAUGAUGAGCUUGUCAGUCAUAUCUCGAGGAGAUCAAUUGACAUACUAAAAGCGAACUAUAGGGAUGAUUUGUCUCUAGAAGAGUGGAAGCUCGUUGUGAGGUUAAAGCAGAUUUUCAAGAUACCCUAAUCUGCGAAGAAUAGCAGUGUUUUGGCUUUCCAGCAGAUCAUGUCAUCACUUUUAAUGAGACCAUGCGAGAAUGGCAGGAUGUUCUCACCGGAAUUGUAUUACAAGUAUCUCAAGCUGCAUAGGAUUCCGGUGCUUCAAGGUGGAUUUUAUGAUGCUAUUUUGUGGAAAGUUUUGUUUACUAAGCUGAUGGCAUGGGCUUUCGAUUUUGUUGCGCUAGUCUUCUUUAUGAUUUGUUCAGGAUGGGCUUCAAGGCCCCAUUUUUUAUUAAAAAUAAUAUUGUAAUAAAACUAAAUUUUGAGGUGUUGAGUGCAUGUAUUGUCCGGGAGGAACCAUAAGAAUAUCAGGUUACAAACAAUUUUGUGGCAUUUGCUGGGGAUAUAUUGAACGUCCAAAACUUGCAAUAUUUUUAAUCCUUA